CAGACACGUCUGACAGAGGAGCGGGAAAUCCUGCAGUCAGCGAGUUCGUUUGCAUUCGUGGUAGAGAGGGGAAAGGAAGGGAGGGAGGAAGGAGGCGGGACUGACUGCUCCCAGUUCUGACGGUUGUAGGUGUUUGCCGACUUUGACAUCGACAUGGCUACACUCACUCACUCUCACUGGGCGCAACAAGAAAAACAGCGGGACAGGACACACACACACCACAUGCACACCACGUGACACUCAGCACCGAUAUUUCGCGCAUGCGCAAGUCUCUUUCUAUUUGUCGCGCACCACCCCUGCACCACCCCUGCCGCCUCUUCUUCUUUGUCUUCGUCUGCACCGCCUAGUCUCAUUUCUCCAGGGAUGGUGGGGAAGGAGAAGGAGAGGCCGAGAGAGAGAAGCAGUAGAUACGAUUAUCACAGGCGCCACUCUUCUCGUAGCAGAGACGUGGGCAGUUCACAUGAUCAGCAACAGGCAAAGCCAUUGUCGAAAGACGUGUCUUUCCAACCUCCUGCCAGUCUACCAGACGAAGUCCAAUACAUCAGACGCCAGAGACUCCUGCUGCGAACUCUGAGGAGGAGAUCAGGUCUCAGAAGAAAACUCCUCGCUAAAGAGUUUGGGACCAGCGAUAUCUCGACCAUUGUGAGUAGCAGGAGGGAAAAUGAUGAGAAUAGAAGACUUCGGUACCGCCUUAACCCAACCAAGUACAGAGCGACUUCACGGCACGAGCCACCUUCAUCUAGAAAAGAGAGAGAGAGAGGGAGGAAGAGAGACGACCAAGACAUUGUCAGCUGCAAUUGUUCUUCUUCUUCCUCCUCCCUUCCUCCCUUCCUCCCUCAUCUCUUCCUCCCUCCUCUCUUCCUCCCUCCUCCCCUCCUCCCUCCUCUCUUCCUCCCUCCUCCUCUCCUUCUUCCUUUAUUUCAGUUUAUCUUCCUCACUUUCUCUUACCAGCUGUUUUCUGUGCCAGUUCAGUUUGUUCAUUUACCACAAUCUCUUUCAGGAGGAGGAGGAAGCCACAUAUAAGGACUCCAACAUUUUCAUGAAGGGCACCCAGAGUGCCAACCCCCACAACGACUAUUCCCAGCACUUUGUGGACACGUGUCAGAGACCGCAGAACUUCAUCAGAGAUGUGGGGAUUGGAGAGAGGUUCAGGGAAUACCCCAAACUGAGGGAACUAAUGAGGCUGAAGGACGGACAGAUAAAGCAAGGGGCCGCCCAGCCAAUGUACCUGCAGACUGACUUGAAGAGUUUCGAUUUAUCUGGUCUCGGAGUCAAGUUUGAUGUGAUGCUGGUCGAGCCUCCACUGGAGGAAUACCAGCGGAGAGCUAGUGGGGUUAAUUUUAGCUGGUCGCCGUGGGAAUGGGAGGAGAUAAUGAGUCUGAAACUGGAGGAUUUUGGAGCUCAAAGAUCAUUCCUCUUCCUCUGGUGUGGUUCAUGUGAGGGACUGGACCUGGGCAGAGAGUGUCUCAAGAAAUGGGGCUACAGAAGGUGUGAAGAUAUAUGUUGGGUUAAAACUAACACCAAGAACCCCAGUAAUAACCAACAUAUCGAGCAGAAGAGCAUUCUGCAAAAUACCAAGGAACAUUGUUUGAUGGGAAUAAAGGGAACAGUUCGCAGGAAUCAAGAUGGUCAUUUCAUCCACGCUAACAUCGAUCUGGACAUCAUUAUAACUGAAGAAACACCGAUAGGAGAUAUUUCGAAACCGGAGGAGAUCUUCCACAUCAUAGAGCACUUCUGCCUCGGUCGACGCAGACUCCACCUAUUUGGAACCGAUAACUCCAUACGCCCAGGUUGGUUGACAGUAGGUCCAGCACUGACGUCCUCCAAUUUCUCCAAGGAAGUCUACCAGUGUUUCUUCGAGGGCUCUGCAGGCUACCUUCUCCAGCACUCUGAUGAGAUAGAGACACUGAGACCAAAGACCCCUCCACCCAAGGGGGGCAGGGGGGCAGGGAGGGGGGGCAGAGGAGGCAGGGGGAGAGGAAGAGGAGCUUUUUGAACUAAUCUAUUAUAGGC